CGUGAGAGCAAUCCCAGAGGAUUUAUAGUGGAUACACUUCAGGAUGGGAAAACCCUUGGAGAGUAUGUGAUUCUUUCUUCAGUUGUGUUUAAAUGUGAAAGUGGUUGCUGAAGGUUAGUAGGGGAACCAUCGUGAAGGAGUGUGUCGUCUGCAAAGAGUCAACAGAAGAAGACGCAAAAUGCCAGGCGGAAGAAGAGGUUUGGUUGCUCCACAGAACACAUUCUUGGAGAAUAUCAUCAGGAGAUCAAAUUCCCAACCCGAUAGUUCCUUCCUCCUGGCUAACGCUCAAAUUGUGGAUUUCCCCAUUGUUUACUGCAAUGAAUCAUUCUGCAAGAUUAGCGGCUACAAUCGAGCGGAAGUUAUGCAAAAAUCAUGCCGCUGUGGUUUCAUGUAUGGCGAAUUGACAGAUAAAGAGACUGUGGCAAGACUGGAGUAUUCGCUGGAGAAUCAGCAGCACGAUCAAUUUGAGGUGUUGCUGUAUAAGAAAAACAAGACACCAUUAUGGUUGCUGCUCCAGAUUGCUCCAAUAAGGAACGAGAGAGAUCUCGUGGUGCUAUUUUUGCUCACAUUUCGCGAUAUCACAGCACUGAAGCAGCCCAUCGACAGCGAAGAUACCAAGGGUGGUCUCUCCAAGUUCGCCAAACUGGCACGCUCCGUCACGCGGAGUCGCCAAUUCACUGCACAUCUUCCAACCCUCAAGGACCCCACGAAGCAAUCACAUUUGGCUCAUAUGAUGUCAUUGAGUGCAGAUGUGAUGCCACAGUAUCGACAGGAAGCUCCUAAAACACCUCCACACAUUCUCCUACAUUAUUGUGCAUUUAAAGCAAUUUGGGAUUGGGUGAUACUAUGUUUAACUUUUUAUACUGCGAUUAUGGUACCAUACAACGUAGCCUUCAAGAAUAAAACCUCAGAGGAUGUGUCACUUUUAGUGGUUGACUCUAUCGUAGAUGUUAUAUUUUUCAUAGAUAUUGUAUUAAAUUUUCACACUACGUUCGUGGGGCCCGGCGGUGAGGUUGUGAGCGACCCCAAAGUGAUACGUAUGAACUACUUGAAGUCGUGGUUCAUCAUCGAUUUGCUCAGUUGUUUGCCUUACGAUGUCUUCAAUGCAUUUGAUCAUGAUGAUGAUGGUAUCGGCUCCCUGUUCAGCGCUCUCAAAGUCGUGCGAUUGUUGCGACUGGGACGGGUGGUACGGAAAUUGGAUAGAUAUCUCGAGUACGGAGCAGCGAUGCUUAUUCUAUUGCUCUGUUUCUAUAUGCUGGUAGCCCACUGGCUCGCCUGCAUUUGGUAUUCCAUCGGUCGGAGUGAUGCAGACAAUGGAAUUCAGUUCAGCUGGCUGUGGAAGUUGGCAAAUGUCACCCAGAGCCCUUAUUCGUAUGUCUGGUCCAACGAGACGAAUGCCCCGGAACUCAUCAAUGGACCAUCGCGGAAGACCAUGUAUGUCACAGCUCUCUACUUCACAAUGACAUGCAUGACCUCGGUGGGUUUCGGAAAUGUCGCUGCCGAGACGGACAACGAGAAGGUGUUCACCAUCUGCAUGAUGAUAAUUGCAGCUCUGCUCUACGCGACAAUCUUUGGUCAUGUUACCACCAUCAUUCAGCAAAUGACAUCCGCCACGGCCAAGUAUCAUGACAUGUUGAACAACGUAAGGGAGUUCAUGAAGCUCCAUGAAGUCCCCAAGGCGCUGAGUGAGCGUGUCAUGGAUUACGUGGUCUCUACGUGGGCCAUGACGAAGGGUCUCGAUACGGAGAAGGUCCUCAACUACUGCCCCAAAGACAUGAAGGCCGACAUCUGUGUGCACCUCAAUAGGAAGGUCUUCAAUGAGCAUCCAGCGUUUCGGCUCGCCUCGGACGGCUGUCUUCGUGCACUCGCAAUGCAUUUCAUGAUGUCCCACUCGGCACCGGGAGAUCUACUCUACCACACGGGCGAGAGCAUAGACAGCCUGUGCUUCAUUGUGACGGGAAGUCUGGAGGUAAUUCAGGAUGAUGAAGUUGUAGCGAUACUGGGUAAGGGUGACGUCUUCGGUGAUCAAUUCUGGAAAGACUCGGCCGUGGGCCAAAGUGCCGCCAAUGUGCGUGCUCUCACCUAUUGUGAUCUGCACGCAAUAAAGCGGGAUAAAUUGUUGGAAGUGCUGGACUUUUAUCAAGCCUUUGCAAAUAGCUUCGCCAGAAAUUUAGUUUUAACUUACAACUUAAGACAUCGCCUUAUAUUUAGAAAAGUCGCGGAUGUGAAGAGGGAGAAGGAACUGGCGGAGAGACGUAAGAAUGAACCCCAACUAGCCACGAGUCAGGAUCACUUAGUGCGGAAGAUUUUCUCAAAGUUUAGGCGUACGCCACAGCCCACAUCUGGGUCAAAGGACGGAAAUGCGACCCAGAGUGACGCCGAGAAGGGUGACGCGGAGCCAGACCGAGGAAAGCUUCCCGCCAAGUUGACUCUGACGGAGGACAGUCGCGUUUUGGGGGCUGUACCUUCGCCUUCACCUUCACCCUCACCAUCAUCGGGUCCACCGUCGGCACGUGGUACUCGUGCCAGCAAAUGGGGACGUCUCUUGGGCAGCUCCAGCGUGGACUCCGCUAGCGACACGAGCACUAAAGUAGCCGUCUCGAGGAGUCUCAGUGCCAGGGAGAGUCUCCGAGAAAGUGCACAAGGAAGGCAGAGCAGUACGUCCAGCAGCAACGGCGGCCAAGGAAAUAAGGUAUUUCCUAAGACACCAAAAUUGUCGCCGGGUCCGGCGUCGCUCGCUCGUCAAGAUACAAUUGACGAGGGCGGCGAGGUGGACCCUUCACCGCCGAGGGAUCGACCGCCCUUACAUGUGGAGCGGGAACAGCGGACGUCUCUGGAGAGACAGCCCACUGAACGCGACAGACUCCUCGACCCGGCACUCAUGGCGCAGAAGGAACGGGAGCGUUUAGAGAGAAACUUGUCUCUGGAACGAGAGCGCCAGAUUGAAAUGGCCUGCUCCCGUGCCACAACGUCUGACACGUAUGACACGGGGCUACGGGAGCAGCCACCGACGUUGGCUCAGCGUGACUUAAUCGCCACAGUGCUGGACAUGAAAGUUGAUGUAAGGCUGGAGAUGCAGAGGAUGUCCCAACGUAUUGGCAAAAUCGAAGACUUAUUGGCAGAGUUGGUGAAGCGUCUUUCGCUGGAGCCCACUACAUCGGGCGGCAGCUCUCCGGUUGCCGAGGAGGCUGGGCCCAUACCGGUGGUUCCUACGACAAUCUCCAUGGGGACAAUCACAACAAGCGUCGUGCCGCCACCCAGUACGAGUGGUGGUGCCUCGGCCACAGUCGUGAACCCUGCCACGAGCGGAGCUGGUUCGGGGGGCAACGGCCUGGGUCCGAUCCUGCUCCGAAAGCGUCGCUCCAAGAGCAGGAAGGCCCCAGCGCCCCCCAAACAGAGCCCCGAACAGGCGCGACUGCUGGAUACGGACCCACCCACGGCGCCCACCGCCCGCAAACGGGAGUUCCUCUAGCCCAGGAUUUUGGCGCGCCAUCAGACUGACAAUAGUGGCGCUGAGCACUAAGGUCAUGGAUGGCGCCCCAGACGCACACACUCCUUCAGCCGGGCCUCCCUUUCGCUCGCAAUUGAGCAACUCUGGGCAAUACACCUUUAAGAUACAUUAGGGAAUCGCAUGUGACCAAUUUUUGCUCUAAGGCUACCAAGAGAUUCCCAAAAAAGGGGACUCAAUACAGGGGAGGGGCUCAAAAGAAAGAAAAUGUAGAGUAGAUUAGGAUGGGCAAAUGCUCUGGAUAAAAGUGUGCUUUGUGCUAAAUUAUUGGAUGUACAGACUUUUUCAAUUCAAUUUUAGGUUUAGAGGUAAACUGAAGAGAAUAAUUGUGAAAAUAUAUACACUCACCGGCUUUAGGUUUCCGAUAUUUUUGCUUCACACAAAUCACGCUUAUUCGUGGAUUAAUCCAUUCAUCAAACGUUUAACUAUUUAUUACUCUUUAAAAUUUAUUAUUAAUGAAAUCUUUCUUUGUCUCAUAUAAAAAUUUCGUCAAAAAUUAUCUUUGAAUGUUUUUCGGAAAAACAUACUCUCUGCGAAGGGGAGCUUCCCUUCUUAGACGUUUAAGUGUGUUUUCUGAAAUAUGUCAGCUUGUUAGCACUUGCGAGUUUUCAUAAUUCUUUAUAUGCAUAUGUAACGCAAUUUAGUCUCUUCAAAAUACCUCUUUUGAUACAUACGAUAUGAAGACAUAUGAUUAGAAUUAUGGAAGUGAACUUGUAUAUCUUUUUCGUGUAGUGAGGGAAAAAACGAAGUAUAUUUCAACAAAAGAAGUAAAAAUUUUUAAGAAUUUAUUAAAUUUUAGGAAUUGCUAUACCAGAUCAUACAAUGUUCAAAUCAAAAUUUAUAAGCUCUGACGACAAUUAAUGCCUGAAAACUGUAUGUCUUAUAAGAAAUCAAAUGAAGCACAUUUUUCAGCAGUAUUGGUCACCCUAAACUACUUAAAACAAUGAGCAGAAAAUUAACAGAAUAUUCCAUAUCACUUAAUUUUUCCUGAUAACAAUCUCUUAUUUACACUUAAGUACAAUCCAGGUGAAAGCAUUUGUAUAUAUCUGCUUCUUUAAAUCGUUUGAGAACGAAAAUCAUCUCACAAAGUACUCCGCUAUCAAGUGAUUUUCGCAUCUUUGUGUAAAAAGAGUAUAAAGAUAUUAAUAGCCUGCCAUUUUAAAAACUAACACGUGUGAAUAAACUGACGAAUAUUAUUAAACUAUAAUGUGGGAUAUCCCGUCAGGUACUACAUAACGCUGCAUGAGAACAAAAGUUGCAAGAGAUUAUCGCCAACAGUUGGCCUCUAGCCUACUCUUAUAAUUAGUUGAAGAAAUCAUUAAUAGAGUAUGUAUUUCGAUGAGAUUUAGCAUAAUAACAUUGCAAGUGCAGAGAAUAUUCUAAAAGAGACACAUCAAUAUAGGCAUGAGACGUGGUAUGAGAUGCUUAACUUUCAACUGAAAGCAAUUCCUUUUUAUCCAGAGAGUAUCAAUAAGAGUUUAAAUAAAUACUAGAUAAUCGCCUUAUUGUCGGCCAAUUUGCACUGAGAAUUAAUAUAAAUAACUGAAUAUUGUAUAUUUUAGUGACGCGCAAUCCUGUUUUUUUUGUCGAUUUCGUGAUCUUCAAAAUGUGCAGGAUAAUACGUGAUUAGGUAGUAAAUUCAUAGGACCGCCAGAAAACAAACAAGUAAGAAUAGUUUUUAAAUGAUACUUAGAAUUCUACAUGUAGAUUAUGAUUAGAUGAAUAAUUUAUGAUUGAAAAAUAUAAAUCAAUAAAGAUACUAUCUGGAAGCUGUGCUACACACUUUUUAGAGCUUUUUCAAUUUAUACAUCGUCUGAAGAUGGGGGAGAUAUAUAAAAUUCAAUUAUAAAUAAGUCGAUGAAUGAAUGUGAAAAAAUAUUGGAAUUUCCCAUGAACAAUAUUUGAGUAUUUUUCAAUAUCCUCAUUUUAUUCUCCUCGUUAAUUAAUUAUCUGUGAUAACAUUUUAAAUGCAAACACUUUUCCAUUCAUGAAUUCUCCCAGCUUCAUAAUAAAUUUAUCUGAUUAAUUAAUUCACUAGUAUUUUGCAAAGAAGUAAUCAAAUAGCUGCAUUACAUGAGAAAUUUUGCUUUAGAAUCCAUUGUAAAUAAAAUACAAAAAUAUGAAAAAUAUUAAGGCCAAUGCAAAAUGUAUAUGUACUGUACAUAGAAAAAAUUGGAGUAUAAAAUUUGAGGAGACAAAAUGAAUGACCACACUGGAAUGCAAUACCAAAAUUUAAAAAAAAAGUAAUUAUUACCUCUAUUUCUAACGAUCAAACUAAAUAAUUAGCGAAUAAAUUGAAUACACAUUAGACAAAUUCAAGAUUCCUUUCAAUAGGUGAUGAAACUUGGAGCGAAAUAAAAUGUAGGCUAUCGGAAUAGACAAUUCUUGAAAUAUUUGUAAAUAAAUUCUAUAAGGAUAUUACAACUGACAUGCUGUGUAUAUAAUAGAAACUGCCUAAAGUGGAAUAAAAUCGCAAGGAAUAUUAAAUCAUGGUUUCACAUAGAAACAAUCACAACUUUUCUAGGUGAGAUUGAUACAUAAAGAGCCACACCAAAAGAACAAUGAUAUAGUUCAUAAGGGGUAAAAGUUUCAUCACCGUUUAUUAAUUGAUAGAUAGAUAAACAAACAUCUUUUGUUCAUGGCGCUAUUGAAUGCAUUUAAAUGAAUUAAUGAAUUACAUACAAUGUGAAGAAAAUUUUAUUUGAGUUUGAAGUGCAUAGAAAAAAAAACACGAAAAUGAUAAAGUGAAUGACUUAAAAUAUUUUUAUUUCUUAUUGGCAAGCAAACACCUCAAAAAGAAUAACGAGGAAAAUGUAGUAAAAAUUUGAAUGAAAUAAUGAUAAAUU